UCGUAGUUUUCGUGGCUGUCGGUCGUCGGAGUCCCGGUACUGGUGGUCGGCGGACGGCGAUAUUAUAGCACAGAAUAGAUGAAAUUUAUAAUAUAUUCUAAUAGUAAAUAGAAUAUAGUCUAUAUCGAAUAUGGUGUGUCCGUGUGCUAGGCGGUAGUGCGGUACUCAAACUCGACACCCGUACUCAAUACUUGUCUGUCGGUAACGAAUAUUUCACUAUUUCAGUAUUAAUUGUUUGUUUUUCAAUGCUUGGAAUUAAACAAAUUCCAUUUAGUUGAACUUACAACGAUACAACCCCCUGCACUGCAACUCUUAACUAGAUUAUAAUGGCUAUGCUUCCACCUCGGAAAACGAAGACCGUGUCAACUGAAAAGAGUUGUAAACAUUCAAUGACGCCCCUUGAAACCCUUUUACAAAUGGGCUUCCCCCAAAAUCGAACAGAAAAAGCAUUAGCAGCUACCGGCAAUAGAGGAGUCCAAUUAGCUGCCGAUUGGCUCUUGGCUCAUGUCAAUGAUACUUCAUUAGAUUCCAGCACUAGUAGAGAGUAUAUCAUCUAUGCCUGUCCAAGUGGAUCAUUUAUGUAUGAAUUAAGGGAAUUUUGGAAUAAAUCAGCUAAUAAGUGUGGACGUAAUGGAGCUCAUAAUUUUUUGCCACAUAUUACUCUUGUAUCAUUUUUUCAGGUACCUGAUGAAUAUGCCAAUACACUGGUAUCUAUACUAAAAAAUGUUUUAGAUGAAGUCAUUAAAGAAAUGACAGUCAAUGACUUUCAUUUAGAAACUUACACUUCAUCAAAUUUUAUGGGGUUUUUUUUAUCUGAUCAAGGAUCAAGCUUUUUAAAAAAAAUUGCAGUACUGUAUGCAGAAAGAAUCACAGAGCUUGUUGGAGCUCAAGUAGAUCCUCAUUUAAAAUCUUUACAUUUAACUCUGGCCUAUCAAUUUGAUGUAAGCCAAAAAGAAACUUUGAAAUCAUUAAUUGAGUCCACAAUAAAUCCAUCAACUCCAUGUUUAUGGGAACUAAAGUUAUAUUCUAGAGAAGCAUUAGCUGCUUAUAAACAGGUAUUUAAGGUUGUGUAUGCACAUGUCCCACAAGCUGCUGAUGAACUAGAACUAAGAAUAGGUGAUUAUAUAUAUGUUUCUAAAGAAAGCAUAGAUAACUCUGUUGAUGGUUGGGCUGAAGGAAUGUCAUGGUUAACUGGAUGUAAUGGUUACUUUCCACUAUGUUACACUGAACGUACUGCUGAAUCUGAUACAUGGACUCUACAUUGUUCAUUACCCUUAGAUGGUAGUUAUCAUGAAUCUAUUGAAGUUAAUGAAACAAAUAUGACUGAAGAAAAACUAGUUGAAAAAUAUGGUACUAGUUUUGUUCCGGUUGAUUACACACCUCAUUCAGAAUCUCCGAAAGGUCCCAAAUCUCAAAAAAUAUACAUAUGUCGACACGGAGAAAGAGUAGAUUUCACUUUUGGAACUUGGGUGCCUUAUAGUUUUGAUUCCGAUGGGAAAUAUGUCAGAAAAGAUUUAAACAUGCCCCCAAAUAUUCCUCAACGGCGGGAUUUUCCAAACUCUUACCAAACCGAUACUCCUCUCACUUGUGUUGGUGAAUAUCAAGCUAAAUUAACUGGAUGGGGUAUGAAAGCUGCUCACUCAACCAAAUCAAUUCAAUAUGUAUUUUGUUCACCAUCAUUACGCUGUGUUCAAACUUGCCACAAUAUCUUAGUUGGACUUGAUAUUGAUAAACAAGUUUCAAUUUGUAUUGAACCCGGUAUAUUUGAAUGGCUUGGUUGGUAUAAUCAGUCUGGGCUACCUGAUUGGAUGAGUAAUGAAGAGUUAAUAGCUGCUGGUUUUAAUAUUGAUUCCAAGUAUGAAGCUUUAAUAUCAUUGUCAUUCCUAAUUGAUAAUAUGUCAGAAACAGUUGAACAGUAUUAUAUUAGAUGUGAUGAAGUAAUACAGAAUUUAAUCAAAUCAACUGAACCCAAAGGUGGUGAUAUAUUGCUGGUAGGUCAUGCUUGUUCGUUGGACUCUUUUUCAAGAUCGUUACUUCAUAAAUCUCCACGUAAUAAACAAAAUUUUGUAAAAAUGGUUAAAGAUAUCCCUUAUUGUGGCCUAGUAACUUUAAUGACUGAUGGAAUUAAUGAUUGGAGGUUUGUGGAUCCCCCAGUUCCACCAUUAACUAACUCUAUUAAUAAAAGAUUUAAUUGGAAAGUUUUAACCACAGAUAUUGAUGUCUCCCCGAAUUAAGUUAUAACACGCUGACUGUCAUGUAACCGCUGGCGGUCUUCUGUAAUUCUCAAAUUGUAUACUCGUGUGACCUCCGACACCCAUAGUUGAUCAUUACUACCAUGCCACAUGACCGUCAAUGACCGUAAAUUAAUAUGGUUUUAUAUUAUUAACUUUUCUAUGGCGCUGCAAUAAUGUACUAAAAAGAAGAGUGUUGUAGCAUAGUAGGAAUCAUUACAAUUUUUUGAUGUAAUUAAUAUUUUAUUUUUAUAUAUUUCAAAUAUAAUAGUAUAUACAAAUUUGGAACAACAUGGAAAAAUAUACUCGGUGUUUCGAUAAUACAUAAUACAUCAUAUUAUCAAGUGACCAAUGGGGGUCACAUGAUAGUCAACGCGUUAAACCCAAAACUAGUACGACCUGAUAUAAAACAAAAUAAAUGUCUUUUAAAUUGUAAAUGUUGAAAAGCGCACUUAUUAUAACUUUAAAAAAUAAUGGCAUAUUUGAAUAUUGUAUAUUUACAACAUAUGUUUAUUUUUAAUUAUUUAGGUUGUUAACAAUGCUGGGCAUUAACAAGUUAAAAAGUUUAAAAGUAUUUCUUAACUAAGUUACAUAAAGUAUUACAUUUUUAUUUAGAGCAACUUCUAACUUCCAACCUCUACAUUUUUUUUUCAAUAAUAUGCAGUUGUUAAUCUGUUAAUUAAUUAUAUAACCUUGUACAUUAAAAAAAUUUUUUUUUUUACAAACCCCUUAAAUAUAUUUUGUUUUGGACAAAUAAUUGUUUAUAAAUAAAUAAUAAUAUAAAAAAAUAAAUAACCAGAAAUAUAAAUUAUAAAUUAUAAUGGUAUAUGAAUAAAUUGUGGUACCUAAAUAAUUUUGUAGACUGUUAGUGUUAAAUGUACUAUUUCUGGAUUUCAAUAGGGAUCAAAGUAAGAUACAAUGUUAUAUAAAUCAUUUCAAAUUUCAAAUAUCUCAACAAAAACACUACCAAAAAUCUUGUAGGUGCUUUGAUCUCGUAAAAAUGUAAUUAAAUGAUUAAUAAAUGAUUUAUUAUUAUUUUUUGUAAACUACUCUUACUCAUUUGUAUUACUUUUAUGAUAAUUGUUUUAUUCACUUUUAUAAAAUGUCCUAAUUGUUUUUUUUCAUAGAUUAAAAAGUCAGAUACAUUUUUUUUUACAGAAUAUUUAUCAUCUAUACCAAAGCACAAUAAACACAUUUUAUAAAAGUUGAGUUACAUUUUUCUAACUUUAACUCAUUAAAAAAAAGUUAUUUACCUUUAAGAAUUAAAAAAAUUAGUUUACUUAUCCAGCCUUUGUUGUUAAUGUUAUGAUUAUUUGUAACAAUUUACUUGAUAUCGUAAAUUUUACAAUGCUCCUUGAUUUUUUAUGUUAUCCUAUGUUAAAAGGGUUACAUGAUAGACAAAAAAAAAUAUGGUUUUUAAAAGUAGUGAUGUCUAUGUAAUCGGUACUCAUUUGCUUUCAGUAUUAAAAUAUAUUAUAAUAUUCUUAUUACAAAAUUAUGAAAUGAACAUUUUUAAUAUUUGUUUUUAACAUCAAAAAACAUUGAUGGAAUAGAAUUGAACAUAUUUGUUCAACAUUUGAUUUUUAAAAACUGACCUGUUAUUUAUUAUAUAUUUCCUAUAAUAAAAUUAUGUUAUAAUGUAUGUAUGUUUAAAUUUAGUACUACAUGUUGUAGGUAAUUGGGCAAUAAAUAUUUAAAAUAAAUAAUUUUCUUAAGAAUUAAUUCCACACUAUUUUUUAGUUUAGUCUGUCUCAAUGUUGAAAAUACAAAGUAAUUAAAAAAUAUAAUUUAAAACUCAUAUAGAUAGUAACUUUUAUUCAUACUGGACUUAAAUAUAUGUAUAUAUUCCUGAAUGAAUAAUUUUUUGAAGAGCAUUGUUAUUUAACCCAUCUCUACCUGGGGCCUUUUAUUCAAAUGUAAAAUAUUAACAAUUCAUUCAAUAUAAAUGUAUUAAAACAUUAGUUCAUAAAAAUGUUAUAGCAAAUCAAUAAUUUAAAUAAUAAUAUUGUUAUCAUUUUGAUUUUGUAUUACAAUGUAUUGAAAUUAGGGUAAUUUGGAAUUAUUAAUUAAUUUAAUUAUUGCAAGAAUUAUUCUAUGCACUUGACCACUAAAAUAUGUACUUAAUGUUCCUAGGUGAAAGUGAUAAUUUAUUCUAUUUUUUUCCAAGACCUUGUAUUUUUUUUAUUAUUAUAUAAUAUAUAUUUAGUAUUUUAUGUCUUAGUCUUAAGAUAUUUUGAAUGUUAAUAUUUUAUUUUUUGACACAUGCACCCAACAUGACACAAGGUAUUAUUAGAUAGUCAAUUAUCCUCUCCAAAUUAGGACUGAAGAGGGAACAGAUUAGUGUGGAUAAUCAAUAAGUGAUGAUUAAAAAUGUAAUAUGAAUAUUGAAAUUAAAUGUUUUAAUCAUUCAAAAGUAUAAUAUUUAUUAUCUGUAUAUACUAUAUAUUAUAUUAAAAUCAAUUAAAUAUUGUAAUGUAUCUGUAAUUAAAAUUAAUAGUUAAUAAUAAAUAAAAACACCAAGGA